GCCGCUUUGGCUGAGCUUUGUAGGCUUGCUGAAUCUGGUAGCGAACCAUAUAAGGUGCAAAUAAUAUUUAAUGGUUUAGUUGGCGUACCAUUAUUUAUGCAAAGAUGUGCUGAUACUUUUCGUUCUAGUGCAUUUGAUCAAAAUGCUACUAAGGCAAAAAUAACGUAUGAUGGAAG